CUGCAAUAAAGGGGAAACGUCACAACAAAAACAACCUCUCUGGCGAUCGUGCAAACGUUUAGGUGGAAAUUGUAGGAAAAUCUUGUGAAAAUGGGUGAAAAGAGGAAAAAUAUGGAAGAUGAAAUGUCGAGAUUUGAGGCGGAAAUCGCGACCCCUCCGGUGAACAUGUUCAUCCCAAGCCAGGUGAAGCAACCCAUCAUAGCGUCCAACACGUACAGCCAAGUUCAGCAGAAGCUGUCUAGUGUCCCACCGCCUCCCAUGCCACCGAUGAUCAUUCCCCCAUUCACACCGCCCGUGGUGGCGCAGCCUCAGCAAAUUGAAAAGUCUUACUCAACAGAGCCCACGCCUGUGGUUCUGAGUAGCGCCCCCAAACUCUACACAAAUAGACCGUCUCCGAGUGUCUCGGCACCUGCCCAGCCCUCUGUCAUGGACAUAUCUUCGCUGCAGUUCGAGGUGACGAACAAACUGAAGAAGCUGAAAGGGGAAAAGCCAUCCGGACCGAAUCCCAUCGCCGAGGCUGCUAUUCAGGCGGCGAAGGCCUCGUCAGCACUCCAGAGCUUCGGCCAUGAGGAUCGCAAAGGCAAGAAGAAUAGGAAAACCAUCCGAAUGGCGGGUGGUCAGAUGUGGGAGGAUCCAUCGCUGGCGGACUGGCCAGACGAUGACUUCAGGAUCUUCUGUGGAGACUUGGGCAAUGACGUGAACGAUGAACUCCUGACGAGAACGUUCAACAAGUAUCCGUCCUUCCAGAAAGCCAAAGUGCUGCGAGACAAGCGCACGGGCAAGAGCAAGGGAUUCGGCUUCAUCAGCUUCAAAGAACCUCAAGACUUCAUCCGUGCAAUGAAGGAAAUGGAUGGGCGCUACGUGGGAAGUCGGCCGAUAAAGCUGCGAAAGAGCACAUGGAAAUCGAGGAGUGUGGAUGCGGUGAAGAAGAAGGAGCAGGAGAAGAAGAUGCUGCAGCAGCUCUUCAAGAUGUAGACUUUAUUCAAAUACACAAAUUACAUAAAUUCAA